UACCAGUACAGAGGGUGCACCAUCAGUGCCUGCUUCCAGUACAGAGGGUGCACCAUCAGUGCCUGCUUCCAGUACAGAGGGUGCACCAGCAGAGGAUGCUUCCAGUACAGAGGGUGCACCAUCAGUGCCUGCUUCCAGUACAGAGGGUGCACCAGCAGAGGAUGCUUCCUAUAGAGGGUGCACCAGCAGAGGCUGCUUCCUAUACAGAGGGUGCACCAGCAGAGGCUGCUUCCUAUACAGAGGGUGCACCAGCAGAGGCUGCUUCCUAUACAGAGGGUGCACCAGCAGAGGCUGCUUCCUAUACAGAGGGUGCACCAGCAGAGGCUGCUUCCUAUACAGAGGGUGCACCAGCAGAGGCUGCUUCCUAUACAGAGGGUGCACCAGCAGAGGCUGCUUCCUAUACAGAGGGUGCAUCUUUAGAAGCUGCUUCCAGUUCAGAGGCUGCACCAGCAGAGGCUCAGCACACAGCCAUGGCACAUAAGCUGGUGCUUAUCCUGGGAGCUCUGGAGGGAGUCCUCUCCCAGGAGACCCAGAAGCGUGAGCUACAUGCCAACCCGUGCAUCCAUGUCAACUUACCGUAUGCGAGGACCCUGCUCAGUGGGACAAAGAUCCAGGUGUACCAGAUCCCUGAGGUCCAUGCCACCCUGGGGAGCGAUGUCACCUUACCGUGUACCUACAAUGUCUCUGGAGUAGAGGAGGCAACUAUCGGGUCCUACAAGUGGUACAGACACCUGGUGAAGACUGAGCUGGAGGUGUCUGACAGCAAUGAAAACUUCACCGGUCGGAUCUCCAGAGCGGAUACAGAACAAUUCAUCAGUAACAGAGAUGCCCAUAUCACCAUACACAACGUGGUUAUAUCAGACACUGCCAGUUAUUUCUGUGCAGUCAGUUUUCUAGAAGGUGGAGGAAUAUCUGGAUGUGGAGCCGGAACCCUGCUCAAUGUGACAGACCGCAUCCAGAAUGAGCCCCGUGGCCCCGAACUGCUGCAGCAGAAUGAGACUUCACAGUACAUGAUGGAAAAUCAACAAUACAACCUGUUUCUGCCAGUACAGGCCCCACAAAAGCCAGGGCCCUCCAUCUACCAGGAGGCGGAUCUGUACAGUGUCAUACCAUAGAGAAGACUCCUCCCCUGCAGAACCGUGUGAUGUCUCAGAAGGCAGAACCCUCCAUCUACCAGGAGGCGGAUCUGUACAGUGUCAUACCAUAGAGAAGACUCCUCCCCUGCAGAACCAUAUGAUGUCUCAGAAGGCAGAACCCUCCAUCUA